AUGAAGCUUGCCGGUGUGCUUGCAUUUGUCGCCUUUCUGCUAGGUGUCACACAAUGCGCUCCAAUCGAUCCGGAAUUAAGCGAGGACUCGCAGCUGGUCAACUACGAGAGCGUGCAGGGACGGGAAAUGUAUCGGUUUAAAUACGAAACGAGUGACGGACAAUUUCGCGAAGAAGUGGCCAUGCUGGUGAACGUCGGAACACCGGAACAGGAACUGAUGUUGAUGGGACAGUACGGGUUCAAGAGCAAGGACGGCACGAUGGUGAUGGUGAUGUACACGAGCGGUAAAAAGGGCUACAGGGCACGCACUGUAACGCGCAAUAUCACGGGUGCGGACCUACGAAAAAAGGCGUUCCUUUCACUGCUGAUGGGAUGA